UUCCGCUUCUAGAAUACAUGAUGUAUGGAGCAGACUUGGUGACGUGGCUAUCGAACAAUUGGUUGUCUACAAGAUGCCGGGGUAUCCGGGACACGAGAUAUAUAUAUAUAUCAAACAGCCCAAGCAGGAUGGAUGAAUUGGUAACCAAAACCGUGAGUAGCUCCAAAGCUCCAAUUGCAACCUCAACAGUUUGAACUCCUACCCAGUCUAACACCAUGGCUAUCAAAAGCAAGCAAAUUACCGUCCUCCCACGCCCUAAAUGGCUCGAUGCAGCAGGAAUGAGCAAGGGCAUCGACCAUGACCGCCAGCACUUGAGUAUUGUUCUCGCUGCGGACAAGACCAUCAAAGCCCGCCAGACCAAUCCCGCUUUCAAAGGCGAGCUGACGCUCCGCUUGCUCAAUGACGAUAGAGAAACGGAGGCAUCCAAGAGGAUUGGUACCAGCUGGGCUCCUCUCGAUGUAAAGGCUGUCUCCGUACCUUUUAUCGACACUCCGUAUGUCGACUCGUCCACUGACGCGGCGCAACCAGUGGUGGAGUACGAAUAUCCGGACGAUUCCAAGAAAUUGCCCGUUUAUCGCAAGGGGCAAAACCAAAGCGACUUCUUCAAAGAGUGGGACAACCAGAAGGCAGAGUUUGCCUUACUAGAUUCCAGAUUCACCCAGGUUCUAGUGCCUGUGAUCGAUAAGGAGACACUGAGACGUCCACAGGAAGUGGGUGAUAUCGAAGGGUUGAUCGGAUACUAUGAAAGGGUAUUUUCAUUUUUCAAUGCCAUUACUGGGCUAUCCUUUGAGCCGGAUCAUCCCUCCGAUCUAAACAGCCCAAACCGAUACUUUAUGAAGGCUGAUAAAAACGGGGUUGGGGGGGCGUAUUACGGCGGAAGCUGGACCGCGGAAACGGACAAUACAAUCUCGGCGCGGUGGCUGCUACCAUUGGCGACCAACUGGGGAAAUCUACACGAGAUUGCCCAUGGCUAUCAAAUGUACUUCACGCGUGAUGGGUAUUUCGCGAACGGCGAGGUGUCCAACAACAUUUAUGCUGCCUUCUACCAGAGCGCCUAUCUGGGUGACCGCAAGUUCAAGGAGGGCUGGUUGUACGACUAUGGGAACCAGGACCAGGUCGAAAAAGGUAUCAUUGAAAAUAUUACCUCUAAAAAGUCUCUCAAUGGCUGGGGCCUCCGCGAAAAGCUAUACUUCCUUGUCUUGAUGUUGGAAAAGGCGGGUGUGGACGCUUUUGCCCAUUUCAACCAACAAUACCGCCUGGUGAGCAACCAGCCAGGUUUUCGUUCCUGCGACCAUCCGUUUCUGGAAAUACUGUCUAACAGUAUUGCCGGUGCGAGUCACGUUGAUGUGGUACCAUUUGUGGAGCUGUGCAGUGGGUUUAUCUCGCCGGCAGAAAAGGUGCUCAGCCAAUUCAGUCAAGCCAGAGCAGUGUAUCCGUUGAAUCAGCUGGUUGAUGGAGACACUCUGACAAAGCUCCAAAAACAACUGAAGCUGGAAAGCCCUCUCGCCUUGGUUGAUAUCCCGCAAUUGCUGGCGAGUGGUAUCAAGGGCAAUGUCACCCUCGAACUUGAAAUCGACGACUUUGCCCAGAUUUAUGGGAAUCCCGUUAACGUUAUGGAUGGUUCCCGUUAUGUACGGCAGCUUCGCAUUGAAACUCGGAAGCUCGACCUUGGUGAUCUGCCAAUUGGGGUCUACUCGCUGCGUGUUCCCUUGGGGCGAAACAAAAAGUACCUAGUAGACCAGCGCUACCUCGUGGUCAAGCCCGGAUCUGCCCAGGUGAAGGUCAAUUUUGUGCCUCAGACAGCUUCUCUCGUGGCAAACCAGGAGUUCCAAUUUCUUGGACUGAGCGACAGCGUCUUCAGCAUCGUGACCGUUGACCAAGUGGAUCAUGUUUUGCAAGUAGCCGUGACAGACGAGAGCCCCCAUUCCUACUUUGGUAAGGAGACCUACGCGGAGCUUGUGGUCAGAGAUGGCAGCAACAAAGAGACGUUCCGCGCCACGAUGCCAGGGGUUGGGGCGAAAUUAAUCGAUACCAAGAUACGCUUUGAUCCAGGCUAUACCCUGCAGAUUUACCAUGCUGAACCGCAAAGCCGGCUAGUACUGCGGCCACGGUUUGACGGGGUGAUUGAUCAUUCUAACAAAACGAAUGUCUUUGAGAUAACCUCUAGUGGUCUCAAGAAUAAGUCACUCAAGAAUGACCCACUGCCAGCUCUUGAGGCCCGUAUAGCAGCAGCAGCAGCUACCGUCCGUCAUCAUCCUGCUCUGCUAAUGUCCGAUAGUCCCAGCAAAGUCGACAUUUGGCUCGCCAUCCACCAGUUUUCUGGCUCUCAGCGCGACGCCCUGCUGAAGAAAUAUGCCGACUGCUUACCUGCCGACAACAACGCGCCCAGCGAGCAACUUGGAAAUUCUUUCACAGCUUCAUUCAAGGGUAUUGGUGAUUGGCAGUUCCUAACCGCAGACCUGGACCUGGUUGGUAGGAAGCUGGUUAUUGACUUGAAAAACGGAAUUGCCCAUCACUAUUUUCCUGAUACCUAUGCAUCGCUGCAGGUCGUAGACUCGGACGCCAAUGAGUUGUUGAAGCUGGACAUCAAGGGCAAAACAUCACAGAUAGGAAAGAGUUGGACAUUGCCAAUCUCUGGCUACGGAGGAGAGACUUUGAACAUUCAUCAUGAAGAACCGAAAGGGCGUCUGAGCGUUAACAAUAAUAUGCAGAGCCUUCGCCUCUCUGAUCGUGAGAAAACCCAAAUUUACCAUGUAACCCCAACCGGGCUUCAUCUUCAGCCAAAAUCACAGAAGACGAUGUGGCAACGUCUCUGGGGAGCUUGAGGAAUAUGCGGGAAGGAACGAUGUCCGUUAGUUGAAGAUUAUCAAUGUAGUCAAGAAUGGAAUUUACUUUGUCUGAUCCCAGCAUUCCAUCCACCAGCAAAUCCUGCUGUUGACUACAGACCAGAUAAUUGUGAUACGAAAGGUAACGUGUGCUUGGCCAAGCUAGAAU